AUGGCCAUCUCCCGGAAUGAGACUUCCCUGCUGGCCUUGCAAGAAGAUUCUGGGCCUCCACCUGAGCAAAAUGUGACCCACUUGGGGCGGCUGUUGGGCCUCCUGGAGAAGAGGCGGGAGCUGGCCGAGGCAGACCAGAGUCUGCGGGCCCAGAAGGAGGAGUUCCGAGCAGCCACAGCGGCCCUGACCCAGCGCUGGGCUCAGCUGGGGCAGAAGGAGCAGGACCUAAAGGGGUCCUUCGUGCGCUUCGACAAGUUCUUACAGGACUCGGAGGCCCGGCGCGGCCGCGCGCGGCAGAGGGCGGCGGAGGAGCGAAUCCGGGCGGGCCGCCUGGAGGCGGAGGCACAGCGCCUGCGCGCCCAGCUGGAGGCGCUGCGGCGGGAGCGCGCGCGGCUGCGGAGGCGGCUGCGGCGCCUGGAGCCCUGCGCGCGCCUGCUGGAGGGGGCGCUGGAGCUGCUGCCCGAGUUCCAGGAGGUGCCCGUGCUGGUGGCGCGCUUCGCGGGGCUGGCGGACGCGCGGGCGGCGCUGCAGCGCGCAGAGGCGGAGCGGCGCGCGGAGCUGGAGGAGGCGCGGGCGGCGCUGCAGCGGCUGCGGGAGGAGGAGCCCGAGUUGCGGCUGCGGCUGAGCCAGCGGCGGGCGGAGCUGGAGGCGCGGCUGGAGGCGGCGCGGGGGCGCCGGCAGCAGUGGGAAGCCGAGUGGACGCAGAUCCAGAACACGGCGGCCGAGAAGACGCUGCUGCUGGGGCGCGCGCGCAUGGCGGCGCUUGGCCUGUACCAGGCAGUGUGCCUGCACCGGGGGCAGCCGCCCGCGCUGGACCUUGAGGACACGGAGGGGCAGCUGGAGCAGGUGAAGCUGUUCAUCCUGGACUUCUCCGCCAUGCUGGCUAGCCUCCCUCAGGCCCAGCCCACAGCCACAGGAAAGUGGGCAGCCGUGCCGGCUCAUCCUGUGGGAUUCACCGAAGGCACACAGCAGACACUCCAUAAACGCAGGCCUCGGUGAUGGCAAAGACAAGGCUGUGUCCCACACCCCACCCUGCAGCACAGAACCCAGGACAUGACCGAAGAAAGGGGCCACUCCAGCCCACCCAUUGCUGGGGAGGGGCC